CCUCAGAGUCAGAUGCAACAUACACCAGAUGACCAAGACAAUACCCAAUGAGACUACUUUAAGAGAAAACUGUUGCGAUACUGCUGGUCCAAGCAACAUACACCAGAUGACCAAGACAAUACCCAAUGAGACUACAAGAAAACUGUUGCGAUACUGCUGGUCCAGGCAACAUACACCAGAUGACCAAGACAAUACCCAAUGAGACUACUUUACAAGAAAACUGUUGCGGUACUGCUGGUCCAGGCAACAUACACCAGAUGACCAAGACAAUACCCAAUGAGACUACUUUACAAGAAAACUGUUGCGGUACUGCUGGUCCAGGCAACAUACACCAGAUGACCAAGACAAUACCCAAUGAGACUACUUUACAAGAAAACUGUUGCGAUACUGCUGGUCCAGGCAACAUUCACCAGAUGACCAAGACAACACCCAAAGAGGCGACUUUACUUGAACCCUGUUGUGAUACUGCUGGUCCAAGCAAAAUACAUCAGAUGACCAAGACAACACCCAAAGAGGCGACUUUACCUGAACCCUGUUGUGAUAGUGCUGGUCCAAGCAAUAUACAUCAGAUGACUAAGACAACACCCAAAGAGGCGACUUUACUUGAACCCUGUUGUGAUACUGCUGGUCCAAGCAAAAUACAUCAGAUGACCAAGACAACACCCAAAGAGGCGACUUUACUUGAACCCUGUUGUGAUACUGCUGGUCCUAGCAAAAAAAAAAAAAAAAAAAAGCUCUGUCAUCCAAGCAGGGCUCAGAGUCAAGCCGCUGCUCCUCCGCAUUGAGAAGAGCCAGAGGAAGUGGCUCAGCCAUCUGUUUAGGAUGCCACCGGGACGCCUCCAUGAAAAGGUGUUUCGGGAGAAAGAAGUGAGAAUGAUAAUCCGUGCCAAUUAACACCCAAGAGACGGACACCAUUUUCAAAUAAAGACAGGCCAUCAUCAGAUGAUGAUGAAAUUCCAUCAAGUAUUCCUGCCAAGAGAUCUUCCUUCAAAGUACUUCUAGGAAAGAGGAAGAGAACUCCCUGGCAGGAAAGCGAAAUAAAGGCAGUGGAAAGGCACAUGAUGGGACUCAUCAAAUCUUUUUGCGUCCCAGGAAAAAUGGAUUGCGAAAGAUGUUUAAGGGCUGAACCAGAAGCCCUUAAAACACGAGACUGGCAAACCCUCAAGUAUUAUGUUUAUAACCGCAUUUCGACUGCCAAAAAGAAAUUGCAGCACAAAUAAGUUUUCAAUCAAUCUGUUGAGGCACUUUUAUUUUCAUUAUGGAUAUUUCACUUUGAAUGUAUUUUAAAACAAUGUCAACAGUUUGUUUGAUGUUUGUUUAAGGUAGACCAUAGGUGUCAAACUCUGGUCCUGGAGGGCCGCUGCCCUGCAUGUUUUCCAAGUCUCCCUGUUGCAACACACCUGAUUCAAAUGAUCAGAUCAUCAGCAAGCUCUGGGCAAGCCUGACAUUGAACCUGUUCAUUUGAAUUUGGCUGGAUCUUUGAUUGCAACAACAUGCCAGAAAUGUCUUCCAUUCUCUGAAGCAGACAUAUUCGAGUCACAUGACAUUUAACAAACAAAAUAUAUCAAAAUAGAUUAUUUCAACGAUUAUUAUUCAAAUGAAUUGACUUUCAUUUGACAGUUGGGUUCAGAUGCUUGCCAUUUUUGAUGAGUAAUGCACUUUGUGUGAGGUCCCCAGUAAUCACAUGUACUUGGUAUAGAUCCUGUGUGAAUUAUGUAAAUACAUUUAAAUAUAUUUAAAUUAAGUCCUCAUAAGGCAUGUAAACUGGACUUUUCUGAAGUCCCCAUAUGACAUGGUCCAACCACAUGACUUCAUAAAUUCUGAUAUUUAAAGGUGUUUAUAAGCUAACACCACCACCUUGUGUAUCCCUGAUUUUUUGCAGAGCUCUAUGUCAUUUAGAAAGGGUGGUCCCCGAAAGUGAUGAACUAAAAAGUAGUCCCCACAAAUCACAUAAACCGGUCUGUGUGUGUGUGUGUGUGUGUGUGUGUGUGUGUGUGUGUGUGUGUGUGUGCGUGUAUGUGUCUGUGUGUGUGUGUGCGCGUGUGUGUGUGUGGUCGGUAGAACAGUUACGGCAUUUUAUCUAAUAUUAUUAAGUUAACGCCUUAACAUGGUAUUAUCUCUUCCUUUUUCACCUUCAGACUCUCUGUUCCA